AUGCAUACUAACCUUGAAGAAAAUGCAAGCACUGUUUCGUUGCCCGUUCAUUUUGAUACACACGGAGUCGCGUCUUAUGAGGCCGAAGGCCAUGGAGCGGGCGGCCUUGACUGCGUUGGGGAAAUGCAAAUGGACUGGAAAAUGGGCAAUUCCCUUCAUUUUUGUGGAAAAGAUGCCGAGUUAUCUCCUGUCAACUUCCCUUUUUUAAGUCACCAUCACAAAAGUUCAAGGGUGACUGAUUGGGAGAAACUUUUUCAGAUUGAAAGCGAGUUGCAAUACCUUGGUGAGGAAGUGGGUUUUUUCCUUCAAAAAUUAGGUCGCUCUUUGGUGGGUAAUGAUCCUUUGGAUUCCGUGGAUGAUACCGUUGAAUUGGGGGAGGCUCUACAGAUGGUGGAGAGUCGGCUAAAUAGUAUUUUUGCGGGGUGCGAUGACUCGGGUAUGAGCCAACGAUUCCUUAGCAAGGACGCGCUUCACAAAGCAACAGACUGUAGCCGCGCCUUGAUGGCCUACCGUGGGGUGGCAGAAGCUGCUGAAUCAAUGAAGAAAUUACUCACCGGUGUCUUUAACUAUAGAGUUCUUUUGCCUUUUGGAGCAGAUGCAAUGAAGCGGGCUCGGGAAGUCUCAUUGCUCCUGGAUGACAUGGAAAAAGUCCUUGACUCUCUGGAGGCCAGAGUGGAAACACUGAGGGAAUUGUCAGAGACAAGACUAGACGUUUUGAAGAGAGGUUUGGAUGAUCUUUCAAAAUGA